AUGAUUAUCACACAAGCAGUCGGAGAAGAUACACAAUCAAUGACAAUGUCUUUAAUGGUUGAUUCUAAGUUUCAAUGUGCGAAUACAACUUGUUUACCAUUCUUUAAUGUUAUUACAUCAAACAGUAGAAAUUGUCAAGUAGCCUGUUUAAUUCAAAGUCAAUGUAGAGCAGCUACUUUUCAUCAAUCAACUUCAAAUUGUGAAUUAUUUGCUCAUAUAUUUAACCAAAACGGAAAUAUGUUGAAUGAUGCAGACACUACUAGUAUGAAUGUUAUUAUUGGAACACGAUUUCCGGCAGAAUCAACUACAACAACAACAUCCACAACACCAACAACAGUAGUACCAGGUGAGUACUAA